CAGAGACAAAGCUGCUGCCCACACAGUUCAGUUCAGAGAUGAUCCCCGGAUGGCCUACAUCCAGACGAUUCUGCACAGCGUUCAGCUGAGGAAGACACCAACACUCGAGGAGUUGCUUCAAGAAUCAGAAAUUAUCACACAAUCUUCACAUUUCCGUAAAACCACCGGUGGACUGGUGUGUCCGGAUGAUUUUUUUGCGGGAAGCAGUGAUAAUGUUUCGCUCCCAGCUGCAGCGAAAGGAAAAGUUGGUGUUUGUCUUCCUCCACUGACAUCGACAACAUAUAGUGCCUUUUUCGCCUCUAAUGUGACACCUCAGGAAAAUUACCAGGAAGGAUGCCUUACUGACCAAGUUAACAGCCAACAAGGAUCCCAGCCAAAUUUUUUACAUAGUGCGAGCUGCCAGUCGCUCUCCUCAGGUUACGUCACCAACGAGAAUGUAGAAAACUGUACUGCUAUCUCUGAAAGGAUUAAUGCAGAAAACGAGAGCAAUGUCUCCGACUACUCAGAAGGAUUUUAUAACACAGUGGGCUUUUUUCUUCACAACACCUCAAAUACAAUCGCCAAGAUGCCAGAUAUUAUCAGCCACCCUCCCAUAGAUGGAGAGGAAUUAGAGAGGAGUGGGCGGGAGUCAUCUUUUUGUGAUAACUUAACAGACUUGAGAGAAGUUUGUUGCACGUCAUUUGAGGAGGAUUCACUCUUGUGUAAUCCUUUACCAACAGAAAAAUCUAAGAAUGGUCAACUGGACAGUGUGAUGCGUGAUGAUAACGAUCCCUUUAGUUCAGUGCAUGACCCUGACAAAGAUGCACAUUUAGACAAAAAUGAGGACUCAGUUGCUUUUUUGGAAAAAAGCAGCUUUUCAGAUAAUCCAACACAUACACAAAGCACUCGUCACCGUCUUACAACAGAACUGUGUGUUCAGCGCAGUCCCAGAGAGACUGAACUAGAGGACAACCAGGUAGAUGAAGCAGACUCAAAGCUGUCUGAGGAGCCUUAUCGUCUGAGCCUCCAGGCCUUGCUGAAGAAAUCUCAGGAGUAUCGACGGCGCCAGCGGAUGCUUAGGAACCAAGCCAAAAACACUAAAAUCCAAGAGAGAACCCAAGAACAGCCAAGAGCAAAGGCAGAGGAGCAGAGCAGCUCUGAUAAGGAGAAUGAUGAGAUCCCUUACAAGGACACUGUGACUGCAGAGGGGAAGAAGACUAAAGACAAGAGAAGUACUUUUAUCUCCUCAGUGGAAACUUCGUUAAAGAAAUCCUAUGAGAAUGAGCGGAUGGUUGAAAGUGAACUCUCUGGGAAAAAUAUGACACAUUUAACAGGAGAUGGAGAUAAUAAGGAAAUGACUAGUGUUGAUGAAGAAACAAUCAUCAUAAGUAAUAGGCUGAACAGUUCACAGGAGGUCUUAAUAAAGCCAAAACAAUUCAGUGCCUUCAUCCAGCAACAGCCAUUAGAAACCUCCCUUGUUAAAGAUCCUCCAGCUUUUUUUAAAGGAGGAGGGAAAUAUUGCACAGUCCCAGCCCCUAGCUUCUGCAGGAGCCCUGUUCACUACAAAAGAAAAAGUGGACAACAGGUUGAUGUGGAGGAGACCUCAAAGGGGAAACUUGAGGUUGGUACUGGUUUGAAAGACCAUCACAAUUCUGAAGAAGUUAAUCCAGGUCAUCAAAACAGUCCUAUAGUGGGUCCUCCUGGAGUGAAUCUCACAGUUGAAGGGGAAGUAACAAGCAUUUUAACCAAGAGUUCACAGCACAUAGAUCAGUUGGAGUCAGACCUGUCCAGUCUUAAGGUUCUAAUCACAGAUCUCGAGUCAACGGUGAAAGAAAACUUGAAAGAAGACAGUCACAGCCAAGCUGAGAGCAGCCUGCAAAGUGAGUUAAGUUUUAAGGGUAUGACAAAUGAGCAAAUAAAAAGUGAUUAUUGGGAGGACAAGCAGAGAGCUCAUGGUGAUAAUAGCAGUGAUGCAGAGUACAGGAAGUGGUCGAGCAGACAGUUAUAUAACAAUUACAGAAACAUGCAUGGAGACUCAGUUCCGGAAGCAACUGUCAGUGACACAGAUGAUGUUCCCCUCACAGUUAAGGAGAACAGGGAUGAGCUCCGUGAUUUUAGCGAGCACAGAUUGAUCAAAACCUUAUCUGCAGAGAGAGAAAGUAGGAAAAAAGUGAGCAAAGAAGCACUAACCGGGAGUUCUGCACAGCCUGGAGAUUGCGGAAAGCAGCAGCCACCUGCUAAAUGCAUCCUUUCUGUGGCUCAGCAGAUGCGCAUUCCUGAUGUUUUCCGAAAUGUUCCAUCUGAUCCUCCUUUUCGGAGUUACAUCUCAGUGCCUUCAGAUAACAGUAACCACCUUGUUGAAAGAAGGAAAGAAUUGGCCCUAGAAGGUCACAACUCCACCCACUCACCAUCUCUAAAUCAGUCAUAUGAUGUGGACACACCGUCUGGCCUGUGGUUCACUGAAGGAUCAGGGUCACAAGGUCAUCCUGAGCAAGAAAAGCAUCUGACCCCACAGAGUGGCAGUGACGGUCAGGGAGGGGCGUCCAAGGUCAAACGGAGACUGCUAAUGCACACGAUGGAGGAGACACUGGAAGGGAGUGCCAAUACCAGUGGGGGAGCGGACUCUGUCAGACCCAACUCCAGCACACCCAGAGCUGCAGGGCAGUGGUGUGAAGGUCUCGACAGUCAGAGGAAUAAGCGAGAGCAGCUGAAAGAGAUACACGCUGCUCAGGUCAGAGCGCUGCAAGAGGAGCACAGGAGACAGCAGGAGGAGCUGCUACAGGCGCUGGAAGUCCGUUAUCGUCUCCUUCAGAGCGUGUCCUUCCCCUGCUCCAUGUCAGGCUCACGUCUUGGGGACACGUUGACCUUUUCUACCCUCACUCAGCCUUCCAGCUCGCAGCACUACCGCCCCCUGCUGGCAGCGGCUGUGAAGGGUUUUCUAACUCGCAGGCUGCUGAGGACGGAGAGAGUAACACAGCUGGUGCGCACCGUCAGGGACACACAGCAGUUCCUGCAGGCCCUCCGGCAGCAGAGCACUCAGCUCUGCAACAAACAGGACCUCUUACUGCAGGAGAGAGUCACACUGCAGCUGCGCGCUGCACUUUAUGAGGUCUACGACAUAUUCUUCAACCUGUCAGCCAGAGAGCGAAUGCAGCUGAUCAGCUGGGACAGAGAGCUCGCCAAGGAGAGAGAGCUCAGACGACAGGGUUCACAGACUGGCCGCCCCAGAGGAAAGAGCUUUCUGUCAGCUGCAACACAGAAGUCGCUGGAGAGGAAAAGAGGAAUGAUGAUCCAAAGAAAGGCUGCAGGAAGGCACCGUGGGGUUAUGACGAGGACAGCACAAAAGUCUGGAUUCUCUGCUGAGCCCCUGCCAGAAACCAAACGAGGACAUUUCAGAGCAAAUCCUCAGAGGGUCCCCAAGAGCGCUUCCUCCUUUAGACCCCAAUGACACCUUCCUAAUUGGCCCCAGUGAGAACUCCUAACAAGCCCUCUAGUGAUUACAUGAAUAGAGUAUUACUAAUCAUUUGAGAGUUUCCAAAUCCAAAAACCAAAUUUGAUUCAAAUGGAUGACUAAUGCAUAUCAUUGUAUUUCAUCUCGGGGGCUUUGAGAACAUUUUUGACACCUGGUGUCCACAGAGGAGUGGCUAUGUCACGUCUGCUUCCGGCAUUUUUUAAAUUAAAUAAUUUAUUUUAUUUUUUUGCCAUCUUCAGAUUAUUCAUGUUGAAGAUAUUUGUGCGAAAAUGUGGAGUUGACAGAAAAAAUCGUUUGGCAGCAACUUUAAAGGGUUGUUCACAGCACCUGAAAGAUUUAUAGACUCGCAGCAGACGUUCUGACAGCUACCGUGAACAGUAUUGAUCAUCUCUCUGUUCCUUUGGGUACUAGAGGAAGACAGCAGUUCAUAAAUGUGGGGUCAAAUAUUAGAUUUGUGUUGGGAACAAAUACUCUUUAGUAGGUUGUGCAUUGUAGUCUUCAGAUAGGCAAUCGCUUUGUUUAAAGGUGACCAAUUGUGCUUAUUUCCAGCCUAAUAUUUUAAUUCAUGAACUCCACUAGAGUGGCUUUGCAUGAUUCACAGGUAGCAGAUAUCCUUAUUUGUCUUUUGCUGAGGCUUGGUGCAGCUCCUCAGUCCAUCCAUUGUCUGAAAUAAGAUACUUUAGCUCCUCUUUUGUUAACUUUGUGACCACUUUGACUGAAAUUUCAGGACCACAGAUCCUGAAACAUAUUCUUAAAGUGUGACUGCUGUCACAUGCCUUAAAGUUGGCGAGCUAAUAGUUACACAGCAGCUUGUUUCACGUUUGCUGACAUUGGCAGCUCUUUGCCUGCAUAAGCUUUAUAAACAUCUAUGAAAGAGAAUAAAAUAUACUUCAAUCUUACUCUCAGAUUUGAAACAUAGCUUGGAGUUUUGUUCUGCUUAUUUCCAGUUCCAUUUUUUGUUGUUUGACUCUACCAGCAUGGCUUUGCAUGAUUAACAGUUAAAGGCUUUCCUUAUUAUCUGAUACUACGCCUUGGCGUAGCACCUCGCUCUCGUUCACUAGCUGAAAUGAGCUGUUUUAGUCAACUUUCUCCUGAUUGGCUGCCCCUCAUAAAACAGGUUUCAAGCAGAAAGUGGGUGGGGCUUCUGUGCCUGAGAAGACCAUAUUAGGGAUAUUCCCUUUCUUUUAAAGCCAAGCGUAGAUAAAACAGUUAGAGCAGUGUGAAGCCUUAACUUUUGUCCGUGCCACAGUAUUUAUGA